AUGUCGGGCGAAAUUUGUUUUCAUGUACAAGAGGAAAUCAUGAGAAGGCUUCCUGUAAAAUCAUUGGCUCGGUUUAGAUGUGUGUGCAAAGCAUGGAGGUGUUUAAUCGACAGCUCUCGUUUUAUUGCUGCUCACACCGUUGGCCAAGAUCAGCGGCCACAUCUGUUUGUAAGGUAUCUGGUAGGAAGGAAGCCACACUUUGUUUGUAUCGUCGAUGAUGACACUUUCCCCCAACAGAGGUUUGUUCCAACUCUUCCCCCCUCUAUUAAACUGCUUACAAUGUCAAGAAUGGUCGGUAGCUGUAAUGGGUUGGUGUGCUUGGAUGGGUAUUAUGAAUCUCAUUCUGGAGAGCCGGUGGUUGUAUUUUGGAAUCCUUCAAUCAGAAAAUCGAUUGCUAUUUCUGUGCCUGUGAAUCCGUUUAAUAUGUACGAUUGGAUGGAUGAAUCAGCUUUUGGUUUUGGUGUUUGUCCUGUUACUAAUGAUCCUAAGAUCGUGAUGAUUCCACAACUUUGUCAGUUAGAUGAAAAGGUCAGCAACAUUAACGACCCUCAAAAGAUUAUGGUUUAUACAUUGAGUUCAGGGAAAUGGAAAAGACUGUCUACUUCUAGCAAUGUGCCUAGUAAAUCAGUCCAAGUCAGACAGGAUGUCCAAUUUAUUGAUAGGUUUCUAUAUUGGUCUGGAGGACACAUGGUGGCUGAAGAUGGUUGUAGUUGGAUUAGAUGGACUUCUAAUCUGAUUUUGUCAUUUGAUAUGACUAAUGAUACUUUUCAAGUGAUAGACCUCCCAGACAUUUUAGCAGGCUGCCUUCCCACUCAGUUGUUCAUUUCUAAACUAAGGGAAUCUCUUGUCAUAUUUGAAAGCCUGGAAGAAAUGUGUUCUGUAUCUUUAUGGAUGAUGGAGAAUGGUGUUCAAAAAUCAUUUACAAAGCUAUUCACCAUUAUUGCACAAGAAUAUGGGUCAAUUAGAAUCCUAGGACUCAGGAAGAGUGGCACACCUGUAAUGGAAGUGAUAGAUGUUUGUCUUGGAGAAAGUGAAAUUGCGGUAUAUGAGCCCAACUCACAAAGCUUCACUACUCUUGAGAUUGGUGGAAUAAGGAGUUUCUCCACUGUGAAUUCGUACACGGAAACACUACUUUUGCUUGGUAGGUCGGAUUUGUGGUAG